AUGACGGUCCGCUACACCAAAUCUCCCAUCAACCUGUUUCGCGGCUGGCCGCAUCCCUCUCUACACCCCACGUCCGCCCUCUCCAGCGCAUCUACGGCCGUCCUCGCCUCCCCGGCCCUCUCUGCGCCAGCUCUAGGCUACGGGCCCGAUGAAGGGGAUCCUUCCCUACGCGCCGAGAUCUCCAGAUGGCUGACUACCUUCUACCAGCCAAGGGAGGCCGUGGGGGCAAACCGCAUCGUCAUAUCGGGAGGGGCAAGCCAGAAUCUAGCCUGUGUGUUGCAGGUGUUUUCUGACCCGGUGUAUACGCGGAACAUAUGGCUGGUGUCGCCGACGUAUUAUCUUGCAUGUGGCAUAUUCGAGGAUGCGGGAUUCGGAGAUAAGAUGAGGGCCGUCAGGGAGGAUGCAGAGGGUAUCGAUAUUGCGGCGCUGGAGAGGGAGCUGAAGAAGAGCGAGGAGCAGGCAGUUGCCGAUGGUAACUUGACGCCGAAGCUCAAACUUCCCAGGCCAUGGCGCAAGAUAUACAAACACAUCAUCUAUGCUACGCCCACCUUCUCCAAUCCCUCGUCUAGAAUAAUGUCUCUCCGGCGGCGGAAGCAGCUUGUCCGUCUGGCUCGACAGUACGACGCACUCGUAGUCACCGAUGAUGUCUAUGACUUUCUACAAUGGCGCAGCGAUCCUUCAUCCACGCAGCCACAGCCUACUACCGCCGUUGCGCCCCGACUGGUCGAUAUAGAUCGAUUCCUGGACGGUGGGCCUGUCGACGAGUUUGGGAACUGUAUGAGUAAUGGGAGUUUCAGCAAGUUGCUCGGUCCUGGAUGUCGUGUUGGCUGGGCAGAGGGGACAGAGAAGUUCGCAUACGCAGUCGGGCAGACUGGCUCAACACGGUCUGGCGGUGCCCCAUCCCAGUUGACGUCUACCUUCAUGUCCCACCUUCUUUCUACAGGUUUCAUACAGGACUUCAUCCCUACAGUUCUCUGUCCCGCGUACGCAAGGCGAUACUAUAUCCUCAGCUCCGCCAUUGAAAAACAUCUGCAUCCCCUCGGCGUCAACUUCAUCAAGCCCCUCUCCCCCGCUGUAACCACCGAGGACAUCCCCAGCGACAUCUCAGGCGGCUAUUUCUUCUGGCUACAUCUCCCUUCUGGUGUGAAAUCCAGUCACGUCGCGAAAGUAGCGAAGGAAGAGCUAAAUCUGCAGCUUGCCGAGGGAGAGGAGUUUAGAGUCGCCGGUGCGGGUGCAGAGCCUGAUUAUCGAGACGCAGGUGAGUCGCUGGAUAGCUUCGUGCGUAUCUGUUUGGCGUAUGUGGACGAGGAUGUGUUGGAGGAAGGGAUCAAGAGGCUUGCACAGGCAAUUGAGAGGGUGAAGCUGGAGACCAAGGGUUAG